AUGAGGCUAACAUUGGACGAAGCUCUGGCUGUGGGGAGCCAGCUAGAAAUUGCUGCCAUCAAUGGCACUGACAUUAUACCAUUGUCGCCCACCUUGGCUGCCCAGUGUGGAUACAGCAUGGACUCUGACCCUUGGGGGAACACUAAAGUCUUUGUGUCCUUGUUGGGCUGUUAUGUUGACAACCAGGCGGAUGAGACAUUUAACCUUGGCCUGCGAUUCCAAAUGUAUGGCGAUGGCCUGUCAAAGCAGAUCCAGCAUGAUGUGACCGAGACAUGCAGCUACUCCCGCUGGGCAUCCCGGGAAAUUCUCUGUGACAGGAACUACAUGGAGGUCUCAACCCUCAUGGUCACUCCAGAAGUCCCAGUCACCAUGGAUGGACAGAAAGUUCAAGAGACCUGGCAGGAUGCCAUACCUGACGCUGUUGCACCAAACAGCAUCUGGAAGAUGACAUUCCACACCCCUGACUCGAAGGUCAUGGUGCUGAAGGAUGCUCACCGAGCUGGCUAUGGUGCAAUGACUACCCCAACAAGACUGGUGUUGCGAAGCCCCUACAACAUGCCGGAGACCUAUGCUGAAGAAGUGGCAGGAGUUCCCAUGGAGAUCUUUAGUGUGUCCACUUACUACAAGCAGGUUUGCAGGUUGGCCAUCAUGGUUUCGGCUGCUGCCUGUCCUACAGGUGGCUUGGUCUUCACUGAUGAGGUGAUCACCUGGUACAUGCCUCGCCGCAUCCCCCUGCUGAUCUCUAGCGCCAUCAAGAUCCUGGAGACUCACAUGGGCAUCGAUGGUCAGAGAUUGGACAAAACCAUGAUGGCCAUCAGACGCUACAAGCUGUCAAUCACAGAGUCUCAUGUUGUCAUUGAGCUUCCUGUGGGGUCACCUGAUGGCUACUACAAGAGUCACGCUCCAGAUUAUUCAUACCACAUAACCUACACUGUUGAACCCAUGCUUGAGUUGCUGUGGAGGGCAGAGGACACACAGGUGAACACGUGAUAUAAAGUCCUCUUUCCCAUCACUACCCCUCUGAUGCCCAGACCUCCACAUGUU